AAAAUUUUUAAAGAGGCCGGUGGAUUGUUGCGGAAAGGACGUCUUUUUUUGAGUAUGCUUUGGAGAACAAGAAUCAGCAGAAAAAAUGACUGAAGAUUUCAAAUCUUGACAGUAUUCAGCAAAUUAGGUUUGAAGAUUAACUGAUUUGUUUGUUGGGUUUCCACAAUUUUCGUUUAUUCAGGUUUUGCCCCUUUUUAAAACUUACUAAUUUAAAAAUGCAUGUUAUCAAUGUUUAAAUCUGUUCAGUUGCUUCCCUUUGGUAUUGUGAGUUGUCGGGGGUUUUGUUGGCCCGCCAGACUUCACGAUUAUACAACGUUCGAAAGAGCUCGUCGAACUGACUUGUGCGGGGGACGAAGGCGGGUGGACGUACAGGGACCGAGUUUUAUAGGCUUUAGGGGUUUGUAAACGGCAUAAAUUCCGGACAUUUUUGUCUCUAACGAUUUAUUUUUUCAGUUUAAAGAACGUGUAAACGAGGAAAAAAUGGUCAAACAUGGACAAGAAUUGACCGCCCACAAAGACAAACACAACAUCUGGUCGUUGAGCAAUAAAGAAGCAAUGGAAUUGCAGAAGAAGGAAGCGCUGGGCACCAAAUAUCAAAAUUGGAUUUGGGAACGAAAACAUAGUUUUUUUUAAAUUUUUUUGUUUACUUAGAUACAGUCGAAAUACCAUCAAGCCGUUGGAAUCGACAUU